GCAUGAUCAACGCGAGCCUUGUGAACUACACCAUGUACAACGUGUCAGCUCACAACUACAGCAUGGUCAAUGUGUCCGCUUUCAACCUGACCAAGUGGAACGUCACCAUCAAUGGCUCCAUCUACAGCAAUGUGACAUUGAACAACACCAUGUGGAGGAACGUCACCUUCUUGAACAACAUCAGCAUCCCACUGUUCAACAACCUGACCAACUUCACCCUGUACAAUGCCACGUUCUACAAUGUCAGCCUGCAGUCGAUCAAUGCCACCAACUUCACCUUCAUCAACAGCACAUUCUACAAUGUCAGCAUGAUCAACGCAAGCCUGGUAAACUACACAAUGUACAACGUGUCUGCUCACAACUACAGCAUGAUCAACGUAUCUGCUUUCAACCUGACCAAGUGGAACGUCACCAUCAAUGGCUCCAUCUACAGCAAUGUGACAUUGAACAACACCAUGUGGAAGAACGUCACUUUCCUGAACAACAUCAGCAUCCCACUGUUCAACAAUCUGACCAACUUCACUCUGUACAACGCUACUUUCUACAAUGUCAGCCUGCAGUCCAUUAACGCCACCAACUUCACCUUCAUCAACAGCACAUUCUACAAUGUUAGCAUGAUCAAUGCUAGUGCUGUCAACUACACCUUGUACAACGUGUCUGCCUACAACUACACACUGUACAACUGCAGCAUUGCCAACUACACCAUGGUGAAUGUGACUGCCCUGAACUUGACCAAGUGGAAUGUCACCAUCAAUGGCUCCAUUUUCAACAAUGUCACAAUGAACAACACCAUGUGGAAGAACGUCACCUUCCUCAACAACAUCAGCAUCCCGCUGUUCAACAACCUGACCAACUUCACCCUGUACAACGCUACAUUCUACAAUGUCAGCCUGCAGUCCAUUAACGCCACCAACUUCACUUUCAUCAACAGCACAUUCUACAAUGUCAGCAUCAUCAACGCAAGCCUUGUGAACUACACCAUGUACAACGUGUCUGCUCACAACUACAGCAUGGUCAAUGUAUCUGCCUUCAACCUGACCAAGUGGAACGUCACCAUCAAUGGCUCCAUCUACAGCAAUGUGACUUUGAACAACACCAUGUGGAAGAACGUCACUUUCCUGAACAACAUCAGCAUCCCACUGUUCAACAACCUGACCAACUUCACUCUGUACAACGCUACAUUCUACAAUGUCAGCCUGCAGUCGAUUAACGCCACCAACUUCACCUUCAUCAACAGCACAUUCUACAAUGUUAGCAUGAUCAAUGCUAGUGCUGUCAACUACACCUUGUACAACGUGUCUGCUUACAACUACACACUGUACAACUGCAGCAUUGCCAACUACACCAUGGUGAAUGUGACUGCCCUGAACUUGACCAAGUGGAAUGUCACCAUCAAUGGCUCCAUUUUCAACAAUGUCACAAUGAACAACACCAUGUGGAAGAAUGUUACUUUCCUGAACAACAUCAGCAUCCCACUGUUCAACAACCUGACCAACUUCACCCUGUACAACGCUACAUUCUACAAUGUCAGCAUGCAGUCCAUUAACGCCACCAACUUCACCUUCAUCAACAGCACAUUCUACAACGUCAGCAUCAUCAACGCGAGCCUUGUGAACUACACCUUGUACAACGUGUCAGCUCAUAACUACAGCAUGGUCAAUGUGUCGGCUUUCAACCUGACCAAGUGGAACGUCACCAUCAAUGGCUCCAUCUACAGCAAUGUGACAUUGAACAACACCAUGUGGAAGAACGUCACCUUCUUGAACAACAUCAGCAUCCCACUGUUCAACAACCUGACCAACUUCACUCUGUACAAUGCUACAUUCUACAAUGUCAGCCUGCAGUCGAUCAACGCCACCAACUUCACCUUCAUCAACAGCACAUUCUACAAUGUUAGCAUGAUCAAUGCUAGUGCUGUGAACUACACCUUGUACAACGUGUCUGCCUACAACUACACACUGUACAACUGCAGCAUUGCCAACUACACCAUGGUGAAUGUGACUGCCCUGAACCUGACCAAGUGGAAUGUCACCAUCAAUGGCUCCAUUUUCAACAAUGUCACAAUGAACAACACCAUGUGGAAGAAUGUUACUUUCCUGAACAACAUCAGCAUCCCACUGUUCAACAACCUGACCAACUUCACCCUGUACAACGCUACAUUCUACAAUGUCAGCAUGCAGUCCAUUAACGCCACCAACUUCACCUUCAUCAACAGCACAUUCUACAACGUCAGCAUCAUCAACGCGAGCCUUGUGAACUACACCUUGUACAACGUGUCAGCUCAUAACUACAGCAUGGUCAAUGUGUCGGCUUUCAACCUGACCAAGUGGAACGUCACCAUCAAUGGCUCCAUCUACAGCAAUGUGACAUUGAACAACACCAUGUGGAAGAACGUCACCUUCUUGAACAACAUCAGCAUCCCACUGUUCAACAACCUGACCAACUUCACUCUGUACAAUGCUACAUUCUACAAUGUCAGCCUGCAGUCGAUCAACGCCACCAACUUCACCUUCAUCAACAGCACAUUCUACAAUGUUAGCAUGAUCAAUGCUAGUGCUGUCAACUACACCUUGUACAACGUGUCUGCCUACAACUACACACUGUACAACUGCAGCAUUGCCAACUACACCAUGGUGAAUGUGACUGCCCUGAACCUGACUAAGUGGAAUGUCACCAUCAAUGGCUCCAUUUUCAACAAUGUCACAAUGAACAACACCAUGUGGAAGAACGUCACCUUCCUCAACAACAUCAGCAUCCCACUGUUCAACAACCUGACCAACUUCACCCUGUACAACGCUACAUUCUACAAUGUCAGCCUGCAGUCCAUUAAUGCCACCAACUUCACUUUCAUCAACAGCACAUUCUACAAUGUCAGCAUCAUCAACGCAAGCCUUGUGAACUACACCAUGUACAACGUGUCUGCUCACAACUACAGCAUGGUCAAUGUAUCUGCCUUCAACCUGACCAAGUGGAACGUCACCAUCAAUGGCUCCAUCUACAGCAAUGUGACUUUGAACAACACCAUGUGGAAGAACGUCACUUUCCUGAACAACAUCAGCAUCCCACUGUUCAACAACCUGACCAACUUCACCCUGUACAAUGCCACAUUCUACAAUGUCAGCCUGCAGUCGAUCAAUGCCACCAACUUCACCUUCAUCAACAGCACAUUCUACAAUGUUAGCAUGAUCAAUGCUAGUGCUGUCAACUACACCUUGUACAACGUGUCUGCCUACAACUACACACUGUACAACUGCAGCAUUGCCAACUACACCAUGGUGAAUGUGACUGCCCUGAACCUGACCAAGUGGAAUGUCACCAUCAAUGGCUCCAUUUUCAACAAUGUCACAAUGAACAACACCAUGUGGAAGAACGUCACCUUCCUCAACAACAUCAGCAUCCCACUGUUCAACAACCUGACCAACUUCACCCUGUACAACGCUACAUUCUACAAUGUCAGCCUGCAGUCCAUUAAUGCCACCAACUUCACUUUCAUCAACAGCACAUUCUACAAUGUCAGCAUCAUCAACGCAAGCCUUGUGAACUACACCAUGUACAACGUGUCUGCUCACAACUACAGCAUGGUCAAUGUAUCUGCCUUCAACCUGACCAAGUGGAAUGUCACCAUCAAUGGCUCCAUCUACAGCAAUGUGACAUUGAACAACACCAUGUGGAAGAACGUCACUUUCUUGAACAACAUCAGCAUCCCACUGUUCAACAACCUGACCAACUUCACUCUGUACAAUGCUACAUUCUACAAUGUCAGCCUGCAGUCGAUCAACGCCACCAACUUCACCUUCAUCAACAGCACAUUCUACAAUGUCAGCAUGAUCAACAGCAGCCUCGUUAACUACACCAUGUACAAUGUGUCUGCUUACAACUACACGUUGUGGAACAUGUCCGCGGUCAACUACACGAUGAAGAACGUCUCGUUCGUGAACUCAUCUUUCGUGAACAUCACUGCUCUGAACUUCACCCUGUCCAACUGCUCUGCCUCAAACUGGACUCUGGCUAACUUCACUGCCUCUCGCUUCAUCCUGCACAACAUCUCUGCCGUUAACGUCAGCAUGUACAAUGUCAGCAUGGUGGCUUCUCGCUACGUGAAUGUUACCUUCAUGCGAUCCAACUUCACAGAGAAGUUCAUCCUGAACUCCAGCUUCGUGAAUGUUACCCUGGCAGAAGCCAAGAUGGAGAAUGUCACAAUGGUGAACUUCACCAGUGCCAACUUCACUACAGUGAACAGCACUGCAUUGAACUACACCUUCAUCAACACCACCAGCUUCAACAUGUCUAUUGACCAAUGCCAGUACACCAACUUCAGCCUCAUCAACUCGACCUUCCUGGCUCCUCGAUGGGUGAAUGUGACUUUCAACGCCACAAUCUUCAACAACGUCACCUUGACCAAUGCCACUCGCCCGGUCAUCGCCAAUGAGACUGGUCUCUUCUACGUGCAGGAUUGUGCCAACAGCAGCUUCUACAUGGCUCCCUACAUUGACUCUGUGCUCUUCUUCAACUCCACCAUCAACAGCACCAGUCUCUACCAUGCUAAGCUGGUGAACAUCACGCUGGAGCUGACGCUCUUCAACAACUCACUGAUCUACAACAGCACCAUCUUCAACAUUGGUGCCAUCAUGAACCAGUUCUUGAACUGCUCGAUCCUCAACACGACCGUCACCGACGGAUUCCUGAGCACGAAUAUCUUCAACACCAUCCGCCGCUAUAUGCUGAUCACGGAGGCUGUGUUCCUGGAGGGGUUCAACACCAUCUCAAAUAUCUUCGAGCUGGAGGUGCUUCCCGUGGAGCUGAUUGAGGAGCCAGUAAUGCCACUCCUAGAGCUUCCCUGCUAUCCAGUCGACAAAGUUCUGGAAGAAGUGGAGAUAACUGAGGAGCCAUUGCCUUUCAGCAAUACUCCGUUGCCUUUCAGCAAUACUCCGUUUGAUCCGGAAAUGCCACCGCAAGAAAUUAUCUAUAAGGUCGACGACACGAACAUUCUUUUAAAUUUUUAA